GUGCUCUUCAAUAGCGCCGGAGUUAUGUACCCUCCCGUCGAACAGGUCAAAAAGGACGGUUUCGACCUGCAGUUCGGAACCAACGUGAUCGGUGCCCACUUCCUGCUCACGAAGUUCCUCCUCCUGCGCCUCAUCGAGACAGCCAAGUCUUCGACGGACGGGAAGGCGCGUGUAAUGAACACGUCUUCCAUGGGCCACACCUUCGUUGCCGGAAUCGACGUUGACAUGAUCCGAGACGGACCCAAGCGCCUAAAUGCAGGCACGACGAAGGAGCUCGACUCGCUGAGCAAGUUCGGGAAUGUCGUGUUCGCGCACGAGUUUCACCGACGUUAUGCGGACCAAGGGAUCGUUUCUGUCUCGCUGCAUCCAGGUAAUCUCCAGACGGACCUGCAAAGGCACAUCCCCAAGUUCGAGGCUAUCCUUACGAAGAAUCUGCUAUAUCCGGCACUAAUGGGGGCGCUCACCGAACUGCAUGCGGGCACGACGCCGGAGGGUACGGAUCUGGGUGGCAAGCACCUGAUCCCGUGGGCUAGUGUUGGAGAGGCGAGAAAGAAACAUACAUUGAAGAAACCGGCCGUACUAAGCUGUGGGAGUUCCUUGAGGACGCCACUCCGAGCUUUUAGUGAUGCCGCAUCGUGA